AUCGAUUUCGAUUUCAUCUUUGUCAUUCCUCGUGUAGGAGGAACUCCUAUACCGAUAUCACAUCCCCUUACUGGUGAGACUUUAAUCAUAAUUAUUAUCACCAACAUUAUAUUCAUCAUCAUCAUCAUCAUCAUCAUCAUCAUCAUCAUCAUCAUCAUCAUCAUCAUUAUCAUUAUUAUUAUCAUAAGUAACUAGCAUCAAGACGUGAUUGACCAAUCAGGCUAAUAUUCGUGGAGUUGUGAAGGAAAUUGGCUUAUACUUAUAUUUUUGUUGUUACUAUUAUCAUUUAAUUAAUUUAGUUUAAAAACUAUAUCUCCGAACCUUACAAAACCAUUCUUCGGAGAAACGGAUAGAAAAGCGAAUUAAUCCUGGACAGAAACAGACUUUGUCACGCCAUUAUUUUGUAGUGGAGAAUCUAACCGACUCUCCAGCAACAGACUUUGAAAUCGAUCUGUUGCAAACUGAUGUUAUUUUGAUUUUUGUAAGUUGUGAAUCCGAUGGUCUAAAACCAAAACAAUACAAAACACUUUUUUUCAACCGUCACAAAAAGUUGGGAGAGGCUUAAGUCCCCCCUUCUCUCUCGAUGUUGGCCAAACGAAUUUCUCGGCGGUCCCUGAGCUUUGCCGUGAACUCAUUGAUACCUUCGUUACAAAACUUGUGACGUUUACGUUCACUUGAGAUUUUUUUUUCACUUUAAAUACAUUUAAUUUUAGCUCGGUGACGACGAUGAAAAGUUGUUGCAUUAGCAUUCCACUUACUUAUCCUCUAACUCAACGUUAAGUCUUACUUCUCACUUGAGACAAAAUGUUGCGUUAGGGGAGGGAUCGGUGGGCAGUUUUCCAGAAACGUAAAGUGAUCCAAUUUUUCUUCCUCAUCUUAUAUUCAGGAAAAUACGCACAUGUCGUCUUGAUAGUGAGACAGGCUGAUAAGAUACAGUCAUCAUCUCUGUACCUUAACAUCCUGAAGGAAGAUGGAGGCGUCCUUCGCACAGCGUCUGUCAGACCAGCUGGAACUACAAGUGGAGCACAUUUCACGGCCACCUUUGCUACUCCAUCGGCCCCUUUCAAGCUGCAACUGAGGGGCAAGACCAAGAAACACUUUGACUUUGAACGCAAUUCCAAGAUCGUUAUACAACCUAGCCAUGUAAUGGUCAAAGCCAUC